UGCCAUUUGUAUGUCAUUAUAGGUUUUACAUAUUACCAAUUUUCAUCAGAUUUCAGCAUUUUGUAGAACUGUACGUGGUGGUAAAUUAAAUGCAAAAUCUUUUUUUUACCAUAGGCAACGAUCUGGACUCGAUUCGUGCACUCUUCAGCGAGAAGGAGAAAGAGCUUAGUUUGGCGGUGGCGAAAGUCGAGGCGCUUACUCGACAACUGGAGGAAUUAAGACGCGAACGUCGCUGUCCCAUAAAUCUNACAUCUCCUUCACUAAAAAUUCUCUCAACCCAAUUUUUAUAUCGUAACCAGUUGUCGCUGCAACAAGAUGCACGCCUGCAUCUACAACGUGAAGCAUUGCAACAGCGACAGGCUGAGCUGCGCUCAGUUGACCAACGUAUUUACGAGCUACAGACACGACUGCAACGCAAAAAAGCCGCCAACAUACAAAAUAAUGCGCAAAAUCAAAAUCAACUACACUUGCCAACGCACGAUAUGCACCAGCAACAACAACAACAACAGCAGCAGCAGCAGCAACAACACCAACAAUCUGCAUCACAGCUGCAUCAGUCACACCAACCACCGGCGCAUGCCUACAACCACCAAAACACCAAUGUUGCCUAUAACAACCACAAACAACAAAGCAGUCAACACAAACAGGGCGUGGCAGCGCUCAAGCAGCAAUUGUUGCAGAAGCAAGCGAAUAAUCUGUUAACUGCUGCACAACAGCAGCAACACAACUCCUCCAAGUUCCCGAAUAGCAUCAAUCGUGAGCCGAGUCGGAGCAUACCACGCGGCAACGUGGCCGCCGUUGAGCCAUACAUACACACGCCGCAGAAGUCAGCGCCCGGUGGCGGUUACUUGGGCGCAGGCAAUAUACUGAAACACGCAGCCGCCACGGCCAACACCAAUCAGCAAAAUCAGCUGAUACAGGACUUGACACACAUGAAGCUCAAUCUGACUACUGGGACGCACAGUCCACAAGGCGGCGCCGCCGCCAAUGUACAUGCGCUCAACAGCGGCGGAGCGAUUUCCACAAACGCGCAAGCGUUCUUCAGCGGUGAGAGCGACGAAUCAAAGCUGGCGAAGAAAAUGCUGACCGCAUCGCUGGCGGCCAAUAAGAGCGCAGAGCAACCUAAGCCGGUGGAAGUGGACACAUCGAUGCAUAUCUACGCCGAAGUGGGCCCAAAGAAGCGUGACCUGCUGAAGGCAGCGGAAGCGGCCAAAGCCGCAGAGGCAGCUGCGCGCGCUGCUGAGGCGGCAGCUGCGAUUGGCUCCACAACUACAACAAGCGCCAUUACUACCGCCACAACUACAAUCGGUAGUAAAAUACCGAAGAGCAUCGGCUCCGCCACCUCGGCAACCGCCAUGAUCAGCAAAUUGAAUAGCGCAGCGGCAUCUGUCAGGGAACGCAACGAACUGGAGCGCAGAUGCGAAGGCGCCGCUAGCGAAGCGCUACCCGAAAAGCACAAUCAACAACAACAGCAACAACUGACUGUACAUAGCAUGCCGCUGGGCGCAGCUAAUAAGUCACUCGCUACCGGUGUUGCGCAUGCGAGCGCGUCAGCGACAACAACCACAAGCACUAACAGCGGACCGGAUAGCGUGCAUGCGAAACCGAAGCCGCUGCAAGCACAUGCUUCUGGUGGGCUGGCGAUUCCGCCGCGCAAGCCCAUUAGCAGUGUGGCACCCACCUCAGUGACCAGCUCAAUACCGAAAAUGAUCACCUACAGUCCGAAGGUGAACCGCGUUGCGCCUCACGUGGUGUCCGCCACAGCGACCACGACGACAACUGCAGCGGCGCCGACAGCUAACUCGGCGUAUCCCGACCGACCCGCUCUGCCACCCAAGCCAAGCAAAAUAUCACCCACAGAGCAUGCUAGUGAUCACAGCACGAGCGCCGCUUCAAACAUAACGACUGCAACAACAACAACUUCGUCAACAUCGAUGCUGAAGAAGCCUGCCGUGCAUGCGGCAUCCAUAGCAGCCGCCGCCUCUGCCGCUGCUGAAUUACAACAAGCUGCACAAGGUUUGCAAACGCUCAACAUCAACGAUAAUCUACCGAUCAAAGCGAAACCGCUAACAAUCCGCAAGCAGCCUAUGUGCGAGCAACCACGUCUGAAGCUUGGUAAUAGCGUGCCCAAGCCGCCGUUACAAGCUGCGCGUAAAGUGGAACCACCAGCUGGAGCAUCUUUUCUCUAUCCUGCGGAUGGCAGUUACAAAGGCGAGCGCAGCAAAGAUGCACAAGAAAGCGGGAAUGGUGGUGGCGCGCCUAGUAGCAGUACAACGAGCAACAUGAAUAACAAUCGCUCGGCCACAGCUAACAGCGUCACAUCUUCGGACGCCUCUUCACCCGAGCAGCCGCCACAGUAUUCGCCACCACAAGUGCCGUCAGCAGCAGCAAACGCUCCACCGCAACAUUCGCCCAACAGCAAUUCGCAAUCCAGUUCCAGCAUGGAUGAACUGGACAAAAUUGAGCGCAAUAGUGAAGGCGUAAGCGGCAGUGACACCAUCACCGACACUAGCAGCGGCCCAAAGCGACGCGCGGCUUCCACCGGCAGCGCGCCAACAACUUCUUCACUCUCAUCGGCGGCAACCAGCAAUGGUAAACCAAAGCUGGCGCGCCGUGUAAGCUUCGAUCCGCUGGCUCUGCUGCUCGACGCCAGCUUGGAGGGCGAGUUGGAGUUGGUGAAGAAGACAGCAAUGCAGGUGGCAAAUCCUAGCGCAGCCAAUGAUGAGGGCAUCACUGCGUUGCACAAUGCCAUUUGUGCGGGUCAUUUUGACAUAGUCAAGUUCCUCGUCGAAUUUGGCUGCGAUGUGAAUGCACAAGAUUCCGACGGCUGGACGCCACUGCAUUGUGCGGCUAGUUGCAACAAUUUGUCCAUGGUGAAGUUCUUAGUUGAGAAUGGCGCUUGCCUAUUUGCUUCGACGCUGUCCGACCAUGAAACGCCAGCGGAGAAGUGCGAAGAAGAUGAGGAGGGCUUCGAUGGUUGCUCCGAAUACUUAUACAGUAUUCAAGAGAAACUUGGUAUACUUCAUAAUGGCGAAGUGUAUGCAGUAUUCUCGUACGAUGCUCAAAACAGCGACGAACUUACAUUCCAAGUCAACGAUCGUUUGGUUAUCCUGCGAAAGGGCGACGACGCCGAAAGUGAAUGGUGGUGGGCAAAGAAUGCGAACGAUGGGGAGGGCUAUGUGCCCAGAAAUCUGCUGGGGCUCUAUCCAAGAGUCCCACCACAGACUUCCAACUUCAACGAUUAGCAGUUAAUACGAUUUUAUGUAUGCAAAAAGAAAUCGGGUCGUCUCAUACAAAAGCACUACAUUUCCAAGUACUUGUAAUGUUCGUUACCUUCUGGACUAAAUACUAUAAUUGCAAAUGGCAAGGCAGGCAAGGUUUUGGAUGUACUCGUAGUUGAUUGGAAAAGGCGUGCAACGAAACUCUUGAAGAGUUAUGAGAAAAUACAACGCUCAACACUGACAAACGAAGCAUUUUAUUUUUACGUAAAAAUUUUAUUU